AUGCGAAAAUCUCCGAAUGUGAUUAUCACAGGCACCCCUGGUGUUGGGAAAACUGUGCAUUGUGAGAGACUAGCGCAGGACGUCGGCUUGCGGCACCUAUCCAUCAACCAGAUCGCAAAAGAUCGCGGUUGUUAUGAAAGUUACGACCAGGAAUUGGAAACCUGGGUCGUAGAUGAGGACAAACUACUAGAUGCGGUUGAAGAUGAAGUGCUCGAGGGCGGCUACCUGAUCGAUUGGCAUGCCUGUGACCUUUUCCCCAAGUCUUGGAUCGAUCUUGUUGUGGUCUUACGAUGUCCGUCAACUUCUAUUUUAUUUGAUCGUCUUUCUGCGAGGAAAUACAACCAGACCAAGCUGCAGGAAAAUGUCGACUCUGAGAUUUUCGGCGUUCUGUUAGAGGAAGCCCGGGAGGCAUUUGACGAAGAGAUCGUGGUGGAGCUCAAUAGCGAGGACGAUGACGAUGUAGAGAAUAAUUGCGCAAGGAUUUCGGCCUGGAUAGACUCGUGGAAAAGAAAUCAAUCGGACCAUAUUGAGUGA